CCUCCGAAGAUUCCGAAAAAUAAUAAAGCUUAAAAAAUCACUGUCUGUCGUUCUAUCACAGUUUUACAUAAUCUAGUAGUCGAAAUUUUGAUAAGCUCUGUCAAACCUUUCGUCUUUCACUCGCAAAAUCACCCCUUUUGAAAGUGGCUUACGCAAACAUCAGCGGUUACGCUUUCACGAGCAAGCUAUAUCAUGAAGUCUUGCAGGAUGUCCACAACGACAAUUUCGUCGUUUCGCCCUUGGCACUUUCCUCUAUCCUAGGUGUAAUUCGUUCGGGAGCCCUCGAUGAAACCGCCCAAGAAAUCAAAAUAUCCCUCAACUACCCCCAAAAUCCCAAAGAAAUGGAAACCCUCAUCAGUGCGACAGUUCCUCGUCUAAAAAAAAGCAAGAAUAUCCAUUACCUUUCGAGCAUGAAGAUUUUCUUGGACAAUCAGUACCCCUUCAGGUCAGAAUUCAAAACUCUUGCAGAAACUGUAUACGAAAUCGAGUUGGACCACUUCACCGCGAAUACCCAUGAGCGUGCCAAGCCUUUGAACGACUUUAUUGAGGCUAAAUCCGAGCAGAAGAUAGACGGGUUUAUUAAAGACAAAGAUAUAGAUCCUUCGAGUAUGAUGGUUCUAGUGUGUGCGGUUUAUUGCAAGAUCCGCUGGUCGAAAUUUCAUAAGGACGCCUCCAAAAAGCGGACCUUCAAAGUAGCGCCGAUGAAAGACGUCAACGUGGAGUUUCUGGAGAGGUGUGGUCUGUUUAACUAUUGCGAAAGCGACGUAUUGAAGGCACAGGUCCUCGAACUACCCCUCGAAGUCAAAUUUCUCUACCUAAUUCUAGUAUUGCCUAGAGACGAAAAUGGACUAGACCUGAUGGAAAGCAAACUGGACCACGUCUUCUCCAACAUGAAGUACAAGGAGGAACGAGUCCGGCUGAUCGUCCCGAGAUGUACGCUAAAUUUUAACAUGGAUAUGAGGAGGCUUUGUCAACGAUUAGGGAUCAGGAAGGCGUUUACGGAAGAAGCUGACUUUAAUGGGAUCAUUCCAGAGAGCAAAGUGUUCCAUAUCAACCACGUGAUGCACAAGUGUAUUUUUUCUUUAGAAGAGGAGACGUCCAAUGCUGGUGGAACGAAUGUACGUUCUGUGAAGACCGUAUCUGCAAGUUUUACGGAGGUUGUGGCCGAUCGGCCGUUUAUGUUCUAUCUCAAAACUGACCAGUGUAUUGCUUUUGCUGGACGAAUAAAAAAUCCUGUUUAGUGGGAA